CUGGCUACAGUUGCGGUCCAUCUCAUUUUGUAAAGGGUCCCUUUAAAUGCCCACUUCCUGGAAUUUACUUUGCUUUCGCUUUUCAUUCUGAAAGAAACUGAUUAGUAUUUGCCUUCUUGCUAAGAGUAUGUAGAUAGAUAGCUUGCCACGUAAAGGUCACAUAUAUUGUCAUUUGACAGUAAGAAAUGGCUGCGCCUGACGUUCCAGAUUCCGACCGGUUGGAAUUGGCGGAGCGUUUAGCUCGGUCCCUAAGCGAAGCACUCAGCAGUGGCGAUAAAGAAACUUCCUCGAAAAACGCGGCGUUACUGGCGGAAUUAAGUCUGCCGGUAUCCGUCAACAUCCGCGGUGAAGCGUACUCCGACAACCAGAUACGGCUAAAGGUUGGAAUUGAAGACGCCAUUCAAGAAUUAGCUGCUCCCAUAACAUUGACAGUGACAGCAGAUAUGACCAUCUCAGAACUGAAAGAAAAGGUGAACAAGGACUUUGGAUUCCAUCCAAGCCUGCAGGCCUGGGUAAUCGGCAAGCGUCUUGCCCAUGACGAUGAGUCGCUCUACAGCCAUGGCGUACGGAAGGAUGGAGACCAAGUGUACUUAUACCUCAGGUCAGCUAAGAAGGCAAAUCUGAGCCGUGAGCAGCAGAAACAAUAUGAGGAAAUCCAGCGUCUAGAUGGCAUCAUUGAAAUCAUGGAAGCGGACUCACUUCAGCCCAGAGGUACUGGAGGAACGCUGGGUGCGCAGAAUGAAGCAAGGAAUCUCCUACCGAAACUGGCCCCUAGUCUUAAACCUCAGCCUAAGCCUAGACCUCCUCCUAAGCCACAGGUGGGGUGGCCAUGUCCCAUUUGCACGUUUGUGAACAAACCAACACGUCCUGGCUGUGAGAUGUGCGGGGAACCAACGCCUGCAGAUUAUAAAAUCCCCCGUGACUACCAGGCAGAUGCGGAGGAGGAGAACAGGCUGAAAACAGAGGAGUUUGCCUGUCUGCAAUACCAACAGGCACUGGAAGAUGAAAGGUUGAGAAAUUUCCAUAUUCUAAAAGAAACGGAGGAACACAACCUGAUUCCUAAUCAAGAAGAGGUGGAGUGCCCCAUAUGCUUUACAGUGAUAGGUCCAGGAGAUGGCGCCACACUUCGCGAGUGUCUUCACAACUUCUGCAAGGAUUGUUUGAAAGGAACAAUUACAAACAGCAUGGAUGCUGAAGUGUCCUGUCCGUACGGUAAUGAUGACUAUGUCUGUGAAAGCAAGCUGCAGGACAGAGAAAUUCAAGCCCUUCUUUCCCCAGAAGAGUAUGCCAAGAUUCUGGAGCUGAGGCUCAGCAUCGCAGAGACUCGCAGCGAGAACAGCUACCACUGCAAGACCCCGGACUGCGCUGGCUGGUGCAUCUUCGAAGACGAGGUCAACGAGUUUGAGUGUCAGCUUUGUCGUGAGACCAACUGCCUGCUCUGCAAAGCCAUUCACAAAGACAUGAACUGCCAGCAAUACCAAGACGACCUGCGCAUCAGGGCCGAAAACGACGUUGCUGCCAGGCAGACCACCGAGAUGCUCAACACCAUGCUGCAAACUGGGGAGGCCAUGAAUUGCCCCAGGUGCAAGAUCAUUGUGCAGAAGAAGGAUGGAUGUGACUGGAUGUGCUGUGUCAUGUGCAAGACGGAGAUCUGCUGGGUGACCCGACAGGCGCGCUGGGGACCCAACGGUCAUGGGGAUACCUCCGGUGGAUGCAGAUGCAGAGUGAAUGGAGCACUCUGUCACCCUCAGUGCCAGAACUGCCACUGAGCCGACGAGCCCUCUGGACAUAACGGACUUGCAUGUUCCGCUGAAACUAACGUCUUCCCAGAUCCUAUUCUUUACUCCCGACUCAAGGCUAGUUAUCUUACCUGGUUAAUUUAAUUAUAUAUAUUAUUCAAAUUAAGUAGUGACAUUUUUAAAAUGAUUGCAAAUUACUUUACAAAAUGGUUGCUUCCAGAGGCGAUUCUAAGAUUUGACCCUUGGGGGGGGGGGGGGGGGGUUUCCCAAUUGUGUCUUUGCCAAGCUGAAGGGGUACAAAGUGUGUACAAGAACAUGUGACAGAUUGCAAAAGGGAUUUAGAGAAACAUUUUUCCAGGAGGGCUGAGGCGAAAUACAGGGCGCAUGAAGAUCCCCUGCAUGAGAUUGAGAAUCAUCUCUGGGUGUCUCUCUCAUUCUUUUCUUUGAAAGUACGGACACUAAGCAGUACUGUUUACCUUUUAUAAGGGGCAUGCUUGAGUGCAUCUCUUACAUCGAGUUUGUUUUCAUUUUGUUGAAAUUGUAAUUCUGAGGUUUUCCAAGUUAAAAAUAAAGGACAUUUUUUUGUUUUGUCAACAUUAUGCAUUCAGUACCCAUAACCACUUAUCUAGUUCAGGUGUGUCUGAUCAUGAUCAUUAGCUCAUGUCUAGAUUACAGUCUGAUUGUCUCAAUCAUGUCAUCAUUAUGACAUCAUAAUCCCAUUCUACUCCAACCAAAACCCAAAUCAUACAAAACAGCUUUGCAGUUAGUUUCCUAUGAAGUUAGUACAUUGGUUUUCAUUACAGGUCUGAUUCAAAGUGACUACAGAUUAUGUUGUUUUUUGAUACUUUUGAUCAAAAAUAUAAAGGAUUAAAAUGAAAGGUUUUAUGGUGGUAUAAGUAUGGAUAUGACAACCUCUUAACCUGAUUUUGUUGUAAAAUAUUAAUAAAAAUAUUUUUAAUCAUGAA